GUGCGUGACGUCGCCCUGGUGGUGUUGCUCGCGGCUGCACGUGGUCGGCUGAGUCCGCCUCAGGCUCAGAGCUGCGCUCCGCGUCCCCAGCACCAGCCGCCUGCCUUCCCCUCCCUCCUCGCUAUGUCCACGUCCACGAGCUGUCCGAUUCCCGGGGGCCGGGACUGGCUGCCAGACUGCUACAGUACCACGCCGGGGGGCACGCUAUACGCCAGUACCCCGGGAGGCACCAGGAUCAUCUACGACCGAAAGUUCCUGCUGGAGUGCAAGAACUCACCCAUUGCCCGGACACCCCCCUGCUGCCUCCCUCAGAUUCCCGGGGUCACAACUCCAACAGCACCACUCUCCAAGCUGGAGGAGCUGAAGGAGCAGAAGGAGACAGAGGAAGAGAUACCCGAUGACGCACAAUUUGAAAUAGACAUCUGAUCCAGUGCAGAUGACCUGGUGUGUGGAAUUAUAGAGGGAUCCCUCAUGACGCUGCUGCCACCACCUCUUCCUGGGGUAUCCAAAGGCCAGCUGGCCUCACCUAAUCUGGAAGGGAGUGGCCUGUUGGUUCUGGGCCUCCCCUAGUUCUGUGGCAGCUAGACCAGGGAUAGGAGUGGGCAACUUUGCCACACCCUUAGUUCUCUACUUUCUCUUUGGUCUGUAGACCACACACCUCCCCACCCCCUUCCAGCCUUCCUUGCUCAGGGGCUGGGACUUGGGAAUGGAGUAUGUCACCUUAUGGCUGCUUAGUAAACAUUCAAAGAAAUG